UUGCGAUAUACCAACUGAUCCAUCCUCUUAAGGAAGCUAAUCAGAUACCUAACUAGUCAUAAAAAUAUUAGACCAUCUUUUGACUCGUGUAGUAGUUCAUUUGACAACGUCGCUUUUCGUUUAUAUGUGGGCGCAUGUAUGUGUGUUUAAAAACAGAUCAUAUGUCAUUAAACAGUUCAUCAUCAGCUGCGUGUUACAUUAGUUUUCAAGUAUGCCGAAAGAAAAAAAGCAGAGGUUUUAUUGGAAAGGUAAGCUGGUUACCGAAAAGGUUUAUAAAGCUCGAUUGAACCAGCAAGAAGCGGGCAGAAACGUUCGUAGUAUUUACGGCACGAAAAACUCACAACGACAGCUUAACCUUAAAAAAAAGGAAGCAGUAUCAUCAGUGUCUGGAUAUAUUGACUUGAAAGAGGAAGGUUGUAAGAUUUUCGACGUAGAAACGAUUGCCCAUGGUUUAAUAUGCAAAAGAUGCAAAAAUGUGCUGUCUCUUUUGGAUACUACUGACAGUAUCGCGAGUGGUUUGGGCACUACCUACUAUGUAAAGUGCCGAAAAUGCGAGCAUAUCAAUGACGUUCUUACUGAUAAACAACAUAGUGCUCCUGAAUCACAGAGAAUGAUUUUCAAUUGCAAUACAAAAGCUGUAAUCGGUACUUUGAAUGGAGGUGGAGGUCUUACUACACUCAAUAAAAUUCUAACAACAUUGGGUGUAUCUCCGCUAAACUGUGGCACCUACAAAACCCAUGAAAAAGAAGUUUCUCGUUGUAUUGAAAAAAUGGUUGAAGGAAGUUGUAUGAACGCCACUAAAGAAGAAAGGCAACUAACUAUAGAAAAUUCAGAAAAGUUGAAGAAAUUAUUACCCGACCAUUUGCAAGAAAAUUUCCUAUUUCCUGAUUUAUCGACGGGUUACGAAGAAAAAGACAAAAUUUCAUCGGAAAACAUCGUUCGAGUUGGAGGAUCGUUUGAUAUGGGGUGGCCAACCAAAGGAUCAGGAAGAAGCUAUGAUAGCUUGUCGGGUACAGCUGGUUUAAUAGGAUAUUUCAGUAGAAAAGUAAUAUCGCAAGUUGUACUUAAUCGAAAAUGCAGAAUGUGUAAUGUUGGCCAUCCCAAAAGUGACCAUGAUUGUAAGCUGAAUUUCGUAGGCAGCGCAAAAGCAAUGGAGCCUCGAGCUGCGGAGUUGCUUGUCGGUGAAAGCAAUAAAAUUCUGUCAACCGUAAAAGUACAGCUCGGUAUUUUCAUCGGGGACUGCGAUUCAAAUGCUAUUUUGGCAGCUCGUAACGCAGUAAAUUAUGAAAUUGUCAAACAUGAUGAUUUAAACCAUACAUCUAAAGGAGUAACCUCUCAGUUGUAUAAAAAAAUCAAGAGCCACAAAGAAUUGAAUUCUAAAAGUAUAAAAUAUCUUGGAAAAUGUUUUAACUACUGCGUGACACAGAACAAAGGCGACAAAUUGGCAAUGGCUACUGCGAUUGAAAAUAUACCGUAUCAUUGUUUCAACAGACAUGAAAAUUGUGGAACAAAAUGGUGCCAGUAUUCAAAGAAUCCAGAUUCGUAUAAACAUGCCGUUAUCGGUGAAGGAUUUACAGAUCCAGAACUGUUCAAUUUACUAAAAACCAUUUUUGGUGGUAUAGCAAAAAAAGCAAGUGGAUUUUCGGGAGGAGUAUCGAGUAACCCCAAUGAAAGUUUUAAUGCCACGGUUGCUAGCAAGGCUCCGAAGUCGCGGUUAUAUGGAACAUCUCAAUCCUAUAAUACGCGUGUUGGCUUAGCUGUCCUAAAAAAGAAUGAGGGAGAAAAAUUCAUUGUUCAGCUAUUGGAAAAUUGUCAAGUAUCUCCUAUUAAAAAUCUUGCUGAAUUUUGCAAUAAAGUAGACAAAUAUUCUAGUCGCAGAUACGAUAAAGUUCGCACUACGAUUUGUAAACGGCGGCGCUUAUUUUUGUGA